AUGGUGGUUGAGCUUCCCUACAGCCUGUACACGCGGUACAAAUCAGUCGCUCUGGCAUGGACGAUUAUCAUCAUUCCCCCAAUAUUCAUCAACCUAGGGUUGUUUUAUGGACUCUGGUAUGGCCGUCCAGAAAUGGACCGCAUCGCGGUCCUCACCAUUCCAACAGCUGUGCUGGGAAUACUUACCAUCGUAGCGAUUGUUGAGAGGAUAUGGAAACUCACCCAACCCUCAUCUCAAUUUCGACCCCUCAAAUCUCCCCGCUAUGGUUUGGAUAUCUUCCAGUGGGGAUAUUUCGGAGCUUUGAUUACCAUCUCCUCACUCAUCAGCUCGACUCUAUUAAGAGAUGAUAACGAUCAUGACGGUCAUGAGUUUCAAAUCAGACUCUUGUCAAUGCCAGCUCCUGUCCUGAUGUACUUCCUGGCAACGCUGACAGCAUUAUCGUUAAUCGUGAAUAAAAUGGAACUCACAUUGCCAUUCCGAUUCGGCAGUAUGGAUGCAGGAACCGUGGUUCGACCCGCUAUCUACUAUAUCGUCGAGGAUGUUGUUGCAGUGGAUGGGAAUGGUGGAAUUGAGUACCGAGAAGCGUUUGGGGCACGAUACGAGAGUAGUUCUAUGUUUCAGGACAUGAUCAGAAUCUUGAGUAUCGUUUGGUGUCUGGCUUUCUAUGCUCUUGCCACAUGGUUCACGGUUUUGGUGUUCACUUUACCAGUCGUGGCUGUGUAUGCUGUGGGGUGGGCUGGGCCAUUUCCUUUUGCUGGUAUGCUGGCCGCGUGGACUAUUUACUACGUGAAGUCUUGCUUGAGAGAAGAGAGGGAGAUGGAGAGUGGUGGGUCUGAAGUCCAUGGCGGAAGACUAGGACAGGUUCAAAACGAACAGACACCACUUCUGAGCAGCAGAGUGUAA